AUGUCUGACCCGCUGUCAAUUCUUCGGGAGCACAUCAUACAAAAGAAGAGCAUCUCGCACGAUGAGAAUACUGUCUUCCUCGGCGACCUCAAGUUCCCUCGUAGCACAACGACCAAGUACAAGCAAGAUCGAGGACGUGGUGACCCCUACACACUGGAAGCUCUCUACUUCUUGCACUUGAAGCAGCACCUUGCCGGUGCCACCAACGCUCGUGCGUACAACGAAGAGUCCAGCAAGCUCGGCUUCGCCAAAGUCCUUCUGGCGGAUCAGAGGGAUGCGCUGGCGUACUUGACGGGGAAGCAGGAGACAUCCGAGAACCUGGUGUCUGCUGAAGACAUCUCCAGUAUCGCCCCGGGAUCUCAGCCGGUCAAGGCGUCAGAGCGGGUGCCGGAGAAGCGGCCCAGGGACGAGCCGCAGCUGAACUUGAGCGAUGAGAACAUGGUGGCGGCGAAGAAGAAGUUUGCGGAGCGAGUGGACGCGCUGGUGCUGAGGCCGAUCGAGAACACCAAGGAGAGCAGGACGCUGGUGGAGGACGAGAAGCAGGAGGCGUUCAGCUCUCCCUUCGUGCGCGCGGACGCGGCGGUGACGAGGACGCUGAUAGAGCAGGAGAGGGUUCACACUUCGCUCAAGACGUUCGCCAACUGCGCUCCUGGCAAGGAGCUCAAGUCUCUCAAGGACUUCGUUGGGUCCGCCUACUCCAAGUCCUCCCGCGCUGUCAACGGAGCCAAGGCGGCCAUGCCGGGGAGCAACGCGCAGCCGACGAGGCGCGAUCGUUACAAUGUUGAUGCUCCUGAUGCGUACAAGGCUGCCGGUAUGGACCAGAUGCUGCUGAAGGCGGAGCAGCGCAAGGGAACGUCGUUGCUCGCGACCUCGCAACCUGCCAAGAGCACGGCGCAGCUGUCGAGCAACCGGCCGACUCGUUGGGAGCCGAUCAUUGUCGUCCCACAAGCGCAAUCAUCGCUCAUCAACAAGUGGAAUGCUAAGAUCCUCCUGGAGGAAGGGAAGUAUCGCUCCAAGGAGGAUGUCAGGAAGUCUGGAGCGGACCCCGACUCGCUGGCUACAGUCACGCACAUGGAGGACCAGGAGAUGCAAAGGUAUCGGAUCGUUGACAACGUGGACGCCUUGGGGGGUGAAGAAUGGAAUCGAAUUGUCGCAGUGUUUGUACAGGGGUCAGACUGGCAAUUCAAGAAUCCGAAGUGGAACUCAAUAGGGGGGAAUAUCACUGGACUCUUCAAUCGGGUCUCAGGAUUUCACCUGAUCUACUCGAAAGAUCCAGAGCAACCGAACAUCAAGAAGUGGAACGUGAAGAAACUGACCAUCGACAGGAACCUCAGGCAUCUCGAUGCUCAGGCGAUGAAUCAAUUUUGGGAGACGUUGAAGCACAACAACAGGCUGAGCAGUCAGGUUGGAGUCGGGUUGAGGAGCUGCGUUGAAAGCUGA